AACUUCACGAGUGCAGUCUAUAUAAGACCCAGGGUUACCCUUCUCAUUUGAAACAAGUUUUGAACAGGAAGAAUCAGUCAACUACAACAUGUUUAGAUAUUUGAUCACGGUCGCGGCAGCGCUAGCGGCAACAGUGGGGGCUGUUCCUUUCUCCAGCAACCUGCAUAAGCAUACUGCACUGCUCUUGAUCGAUAUUCAAAACGACUUCAUCAACGGGUCGCUCGGCAGCCCACGCGCGUCGGCCAUCCUGCCAAAGGUCUACAACCUGCUUGACGAUCACCAAUGGCCCUUCAUCGCCGCGUCGCAAGAUUGGCAUCCGGAAGGCCAUGUCUCAUUCGCUUCUGCGCAUCCAGGCACCGAAUCUGGCGAUGCAGUCAACAUCACUUUCCUUGACAGCCCCUUGAAGCAAGAGACCCAGAGCGUCUACGCAGACCACUGCAUUCCAGGAACAUGGGGCGCCGAGAUCGAAGACGGAGUCAAGACGCGCCUACAGCAUCUUGAAGGAUACCGCACCACCGUGAACUAUAUCAAGAAAGCUCAGAACCACUCUAUUGACUCCUACUCGGCGUUUGCAGACAACCAGUAUCACCUGUUCACGACCCUGAACUCGGAGCUGACGCUGCAUGGUGUCGAGACUCUGAUCGUCACUGGGCUCAUCACGAAUGCAUGUGUUCGAGGAACUUCGAUCGACGGUAUCAAGCUAGGAUACGAGGUGAUACUCAUCGAAGACGCAACGGAGACUAUCUCCGCAGAGAUUAAGGCGGCAGCCAUCCAGGAGCUAGAGGACUGGGGAGUCCAAGUCAUGAAUUUGACCGACUGGGAGGCUGCCAAUCCGACCAAGUUCCGGAAGCAGUACGCCCGAGAAUUAUAGUAUGAACUGGCAUGUGAACAGACUGGCAUACGAAGAACAAAUUUGUGCAUGUUUUCGCUCAAUUCUCUACAUUGGCUUUGUCCCGGUGUGGCUGCUCGUAGCUCCAAUGCAACUAUAUUGUGGCUUCUACACAUGUCU